GUUUGGGAAGAGGCGCCGCAGCAUCGCCGCCUUUUGUGCGUCGGCCGCAGCCCCCGAGGGGUCGUGGAUCCGUCCGUCCCCCGCGCCAUGGCCUGCCUGCACGAGACCCGCACCCCUUCCCCGUCCUUCGGCGGCUUCGUGGCCGCGCUGAGCGAGGCUCCGGUCCGCAGGCCGGACCCGGAGGCGUCGGACUGCACCCCCGAGAAGGACCUGACCCCCACGCAGUGCGUCCUCCGCGAUGUGGUCCCCCUCGGAGGAGGGGUCCCGGGGGCUCCCCGGCGGGGUGGGGGCGGCGGGGCUCUCGCCUCCGAGCCCUUCGCCAACAGCGUGCUGCAGCUCCACGAGGGCGAGGCGGGCGCGGGCGCCGCCGGGACCCCCGAGGCCAGGACCCCCCGCUUCAGGGCCGACGAGGUCCGGCUGCAGUGUCAGAGCGGAGGCGGCGGCUUCCUGGAGGGGCUCUUCGGCUGCCUGCGUCCCGUCUGGACCAUGAUCGGAAAGGCCUACUCCACUGACCACAAGCAGCAGGAAGCGCCCUGGGAAGUGCCCUUCGAGGAGAUCCGGGACCUGCAGUGGGUGGGCUCGGGGGCCCAGGGCGCCGUCUUCCUGGGCCGCUUCCACGGCGAAGACGUGGCCGUGAAGAAGGUGCGGGACCUCAAGGAGACGGACAUCAAACACCUGCGCAAGCUCAAACACCCCAACAUCAUCACCUUCAAGUGAGGGGGGGGCGUGUGCACCCAGGCUCCCUGCUACUGCAUCCAUGAGUUCUGCGCCCAGGGCCAGCUGUUCGAGGUCCUCCGGGCCGGGCGGCCGGUCACCCCGUCCCUGCUGGUCGACUGGUCCAUGGGCAUGCGGGGUGGCAUGAAUUACCUACACCUGCACAAAAUCAUCCACCGAGACCUCAAGUUCGCCCAAGUGAGCCCCGACUCCGGGAGCAUGCUGAUCACCUACGACGACGUGGUCAAGAUCUCGGACUUCGGCACGUCCAAGGAGCUGAGCGACAAAAGCACCAAGAUGUCCUUCGCGGGGACCGUGGCCUGGAUGGCGCCCGAGGUCAUCCGGAACGAGCCCGUGUCCGAGAAAGUGGACAUCUGGUCGUUUGGCGUGGUGCUGUGGGAGCUGCUGACCGGUGAGAUCCCGUACAAGGACGUGGACUCCUCGGCCAUCAUCUGGGGAGUGGGCAGCAACAGCCUCCACCUGCCCGUGCCUUCCAGUUGUCCCGACGGUUUCAAGAUCCUCUUACGCCAGUGCUGGAACAGCAAGCCCCGGAACCGGCCGUCCUUCAGGCAGAUCCUGCUGCACCUGGACAUCGCCUCCGCCGACGUCCUCUCCACUCCCCAGGAGACCUACUUCAAAUCUCAGGUGGGGUCUCCCGGACCAGGAUGGAGGGAGGAAGUGAAGCUGCACUUCGAGAAGAUCAAGUCGGAGGGGACCUGCCUGCACCGGCUGGAGGAGGAGCUCGUCACCCGGCGCCGGGAGGAGCUCAGACACGCCCUGGACAUCCGGGAACAUUACGAGCGGAAGCUGGAGCGCGCCAACAACCUCUACAUGGAGCUCAACGCGCUCAUGCUGCAGCUGGAGCUCAAGGAGCGGGAGCUGCUGCGACGGGAGCAGGCCCUGGAGCGGCGGUGCCCAGGCUUGCUGAAACCUCACCCGCCCCGGGGGCUGCUGCAUGGGAACACCGUCGACAAACUCAUCAAGAAGCGCAACGUUCCGCAGAAGCUGUCGCCGCACAGCAAAAGGCCGGACAUCCUGAAGACGGAGUCGCUGCUGCUGCCCAAGCUGGACGCGGCGCUGAGCGGGUCGGGGCCCCCCGGCUGCUCCAAGAGCCCCCCGGCCCCCAACCGCGCCCGCAGGACCAAGGCCCGCACCCGCAAGGCCGGACCCAAGGCGGCCUGCGGGGCCGGGCCGCCCCCCGGCCCCCUGCCCGGCCCCCCGCCCGGCCCCCUGCCCGGCCCGCCGGGGGCGUCCGCCUGCUGCCCCCCGGCCCUGCGCGGCCUCCACCACGACCUGCUGCUGCGCAAGAUGUCCUCGUCCUCCCCGGACCUGCUGACCGCCGCCCUGGGCGCCCGCGGCCCCCGGCCCCCCGGAGCUCUCGGAGCCCCCGGGUCCCCGCCGCCGCCCCCCGGCCCGCCCCGGGGGGACACGCCGCCCAGCGAGGGCUCCGCGCCCGGGUCCACCAGCCCGGACUCCCCGGGGGCCGCCGGCAGGGGGGACCCGGGACCGGCCGGGCCCUCCGGGGGCUCCGGGGGGGCCGGGGGCUCCGGGCGGGGGGCGCGGGCCGGACCUCAGCACCUCACCCCCGCCGCCCUCCUCUACCGGGCCGCCGUCACCCGCAGCCAGAAGCGGGGGGUCUCGUCCGAAGAGGAGGAGGGCGAAGUGGACAGCGAGGUGGAACUGGCCCCGCGGCCGAGGUGGCCGCAGGGCCUGAGCAAGCGGCAGUCGCUGUCCACGUUCAGCUCGGAGAACUUCUCGGACGGGGAGGAGGGCACGGCCAGCGACCCCUCGCACAGCGGGACCCCCGAGGUGGGCAGCACCAACACGGACGAGCGGCCGGACGAGCGGUCCGAGCGGUCCGACGACAUGUUCUCCCAGGCCUCGGAGAUCCCGCUCGACCCCCCGCCCCCCGACGGCCCGGCCGACCGGGAACCCGCCGCCGCCCCCUCGCACCGGGGCUCGCGCCCGCUCGGCGGAGAGCAGGGCCCCCCCGGCUACGAGGACUCAGACUGCGACAGCACAGAACUGGACAACUCGGGCAGCGGAGACGCCUUGCGGCCCCCGGCCCCUCCGUGA